AAAGGAAAGUUUCAGGAAGUAGAGAAACUCAAUGCUCUUCUGCUUUCAAACAUAAUCACAAACAUUUACUGACUGAUUUACGAAAAACAAACCCGUAGAUGUGUAAAGAUCGCAGGAAUCGUCUGUUUUGAGAAGUGUUUCGGAGUAAAUCAGAUCAAGUCUGACAGCAGCAGGGUUUGAGGGUCCGCCAUGAGCCGUCCUCCAUCCAUGCAGCCGCAGAUGUGUGGCCCCUGGGAACUGAAAGAGCGACUGGGAACCGGAGGCUUCGGGAAUGUCACUCUCUGGCAAAACAAGGAAAGCAGCGUUCAGAUCGCCAUCAAACAGUGCCGGCAGGAGCUCAGCGCCAAGAACAAGGGCAGAUGGAGUUUAGAGAUUCAGAUCAUGAAGAGGUUGAAUCACAUGAAUGUGGUGGCGGCGAGAGACGUUCCAGAAGAACUCCAGAAACUGGCUACGAAUGACCUGCCAUUGCUGGCCAUGGAGUACUGCCAGGGAGGAGACCUACGCAAGUACCUGAAUCUGCUUGAGAACUGCUGUGGCAUGAGAGAAGCUGCUGUUCUGACACUGAUUCAAGAUAUAUCCUCGGCACUGACGUACCUCCACGGGAUGAGAAUUAUCCACAGAGACCUCAAACCAGAAAACAUUGUUCUUCAACAAGGAGAAAAAAGGCUGGUCCAUAAGAUCAUAGAUCUGGGUUAUGCUAAAGAACUGGACCAGAGCAGCCUGUGCACAUCGUUUGUUGGGACGCUGCAGUAUUUGGCCCCUGAGCUGUUAGAACAGCAGAAGUACACGGUGGCGGUGGAUUAUUGGAGUUUCGGGACGCUGGUUUUUGAGUGUAUCACAGGAUUCAGGCCUUUUCUACCAAACUGGCAACCCGUGCAAUGGCACGGCAAGCUGUUGCAGAAACAACUGGAUGAUAUUGUGGUUUAUGAGGAUCUGAGUGGAGAAGUUCGAUUCUCCAAACAUCUACCGAACCCUCACAACCUCAACAAACUGUUAGCUGGGAAGCUGGAGAGCUGGCUACAAAUGAUGCUGAGAUGGUCACCGAAAGAGCGAGGCAAAGAUUUAAAACAGCAGAGCAAAGACAGUCAGGAGGGGGUCAAAGAUCCGGAGGAGGACAGUAAAGAAACCAGUCCAGAGAGUGUCAAAGACUCUCCGAAAAGUUCCUGUUUCUGCUUUGAAGAAUUACGGCGCAUUCUGGAUCUAAAGCUGGUCCACGUGCUCAACAUGACCUCGGCCGAAAUAUUCACCUACUCUGUGCAGCCGCUGGAAGACGUGGCGUCCCUUCAGGAACGAAUCGCACAAGACACUCGCAUUCCUCCGGCCAAUCAGGAGUUGCUGCUGGAGGCGGGACUUGCCCUCGAGCCGCAGAACAACGUCAUGCAGUGUGCCAUCGAUUAUAGCCUGGUGGACGCCCGGCGCACGGAUGAGCCGCUCGUCUUCCUGUUUGACCGUUCGUGCUGCAGUUACGAGCCUCAGUUUACGCCACGUGUCCUUCCUGAGAACGUCCGAUUCGUCCAGAACGAGCCGAAGCGCUCUCUGCCCUACAGUUCCCAGAGACGCACAUGGGGUCAAGCGUGGCAAACCAUCCGCGUGCUGAAGGAGGACUGGCAGAGGUUGCUGCAAGGACAGAAAGUAGCCAUCAUGAGUCUCCUCAGACAUAACGGCACAUUGUCAAAGCAGAAGAACGAGAUGGUGUCGAUGCACCAGAGGUUAAAAGCCACGCUGGAGUUUUUCAGCACUAGUCUACACAUCGACAUCGACAAAUACCAGGAGCAGAGAGCUACGGGGAUCGCUUCUGAGAAAUUAUUGAGUGUCUGGAGAGAAAUGGAGCAAACCGCCCUCGACUGUGGACAGACAGAAGACGCGAUUAAACUGGAAGAGGAGAUGAUGACCCUUCAAACUGAUAUUGUUGAACUCCAGAGACAGCCGUGGAGGAGUGGAGAGGCCUUAGAGGCGCUUGAGGUGAAGGCAAUGGAGCUCUUCCGCAAACUGAGAGAGAAACCCAGAGAGCAGCGCAGUAAUGGCGACUGUCAAGAAGUCAUCAAACUGGUGGUUCAAGCCGUACAGUUCUAUGAGAGGAAGUUACGGGACUUUUACACACACCUGAGUAAGACGAUGGUGUGCCGUCAGAGAGUGCUGGAGUUGCUGCCCCGUGUGGAGGGGAUGGUGAGCGCGAUGGCCCGGAGUGAGAAACGACUGCUUCAUCUGCAGGAGAAGAGACAGAAGGAGCUGUGGAACCUGCUCAAAGUCGCAUGUAGUAAGGUUCGUAGUCCCGUGAGUGGCAGUCCAGAUGGAGGACGGACCCCACCGGCCCCCGGACACCCGCUGAUGUCACACAGACCGUCACAUCCCAGCAGCCCUCCUGACACACCGGAGACAGACGAGUCUCAGCUUGUGAUCGAGGAGAGUAAGAUGUUUGAGAGCCGUCUGCAGAGUUUAGUGCAAGACACCAUUCAGGAAACUGAGACCAACAUGCAGAUACUGAGGGAGUGGAAGUGGUUGAAUGGAGGACAGGAUCUGGCUUGACGUCACUGUUGCCCUUUACCUCAAACCGAAAUGAUGCUGUACCGCCACCAACUGGAGGAACCACGAUACUGCAGGCAGUGUGUGCUGGCCAGUCAAACUGGAUGCCUUUCUUACCUUCAAAAGGGUUAUAAACUCUUAAACCUGUUUUUUAAAAAUAAUUUGAGUACCAAAGUUUCUUGUAUCAAAGCCUUUCUGAUUUUUUUGUUGCCGUCUUCUAUGCAAACGCCUUCACAUGUAUUGGCUCUAUGACAAAUUGCUUGUGCUGUCUCUCAUUUGUAAGUUGCUUUGGAUAAAAGUGUGUGUUAAAUGUAAAUAUUAAUCUGUCGGUUCUUCAUUACAUCACGUCGAGUCGAUUGGCCAUGUGGACGUUUGUUAUUGUGUUCCUGAAGAUUUCAUGACAAAAGAUAAACCUGUCCUUGAGCAUGUGAACAAUAUACAAAGUACACCUUCAGCUGAGGAAGUUAUUUUUAUAUGCUGAAGAAAAACUUUUAAUAUUUUUAAUUUUAUUUUUUGAGUAUGUCAAGUUAAACUAAUUGAAAAUAAACUAUGUUGCUGAAUUAAAUGUUUGUUUUUAUAUUUCAUUUCAUUUUAGUUUGGUUUUAGUUAACUAUUUCCUUUUUUUCACACAAAAAUAAAUAAAAAAUGUAAUGGUGUAUUCAAGAUUUGUGUGUUUGUUUUUGAUUUCUAGUGUAAUUUAUUUUUAAACAUUACUUCUAACCAGGAUAAAAGGCAAGUGAGAAUAGGUAAUUCAGUCAACGUUCCUCUUUAUUAAUUUCCACAUCAGUUUCUUCUUCUAGUCCUCCUCUUUUAACAUAAAUACGGUUUUUUUUUUUUUUUACGGGAGUAAAAAUAAGAAAUGCAGAGAAGGUCAUGGACCGUCCUCUAUUAACUCCAGCCCACAAACAUAGACAACCAACUUGUGUGAUAAAUACGUGUUUGGCAAUAAAACUGGACAAAUGUGAGUGAGAGGGGCUUGACAUUCAGAAAGUACCAGUUAACCCUUGAACUAUAAGCACUACACACACAUCAGCUCCUGUGUGACG